AGAGAUUUUUAUUAGUUAAACAUAUAAAUAAGAGUCAUGGAUAAAAAUUUAAAUGAUGAUGUGGAUCCUGUUGUGUUGGAGUCUUUUAAUGAUAUUAAAUCAGCAAUUAAUGCUAAUCGCACUGAUAUUGUCCGCCACAUACUUUCAACAGCUCAGUCUUUAAGAGAGGAGGAUUUUUAUGAUAGUGAUGGAGAAGAGCGAGACAAAAAAGAAGUCACUAAUAAGUAUGAUAGUGAGGAGUACAUAGAUUUACUGUCAAUUAUGCUUAGUCAUAUGGACACAGACUCUGGUACCCUUCUACAUCAUGCAACCAGAAUGGGUUAUGCAGACAUUGUUAGAGCUCUUCUUUCAGCUGGAUCUAAUGUUCUUUUGAAAAAUAAUGAUGGAAAAAAUCCAUAUGAAUAUUGUAGUACAGAAUCUGUGAAAAAUGCUUAUAUUGGCGAGUUGUUGCAAGCUGUUUCACAGUCAAGAAUAUUCAGAGUGGAGCAGCUCCUACGAUGUGGGAUUAAAGUCAACUCUAAUGAUGGAGCAAUGUCUGGAAACACAGUACUACAUUGGGCAGCAUCUUAUGCUGAUGCAGCUACUGUUCGAUUAAUACUUGACCAUGGUGGCAAUGUGGAUGAAUUAAAUGCUGAUGGUCAAACACCAUUACAUGAUGCUCUGAAAAGAAAAGAUUUUUCAGUUAUAGAAGAAUUGUUAAAGCAACAACCAAAUGUUUACAUCAAACCAUUUCAAGGCUAUUAUGAUGGCGUAUCUUGCUUAGAUAUAAUGUUACAGAAUAAAGAAUUAAAUGAUCUUUUGGAGAGGUAUAUUCUUCUUUCUGCUGAUAAACCUCCUGAAGUAAAGGAAAAUGAAGAGAAGUUAGACAAAGCAUCAGCUAGAUUGAAUUCUAAACCAGUUGAAACUGAAGUUGAUCCAAUAGUGAAACUGCUUUGUCCACGACCUCAAAUAGUGAGACAGUUCAAAGGCUUAUUUUUUGUUCCUCCUAAAGAUCUCUUAGUUUCAAUUAUUGGAACUAAAGUUUCUGUACAUCGUGUUGUUUCUGUUAUUGAUCUUUUUAAAGAAAAAGUAAUGCAAUUAGGAAGUAAUCUUAUUGUGGAACUUCAUUCCAAGGGUUCAAUGUUCAAGUAUCCUUAUAUUGAAUGCAUGGUUAAUAAAGCUUCAUUUACAAAGCAAGAAGAGUACUUUAUACAAAUACAAACUCAAAAAAUUUUAAUAGUUGCAUCCAGUUUUGAAGCAUUGUAUCGAAGUCUGACCACAUUAUUUCAGUGUUUCAAGUUAUUCAGAGGAAAGGCUGUGCCACUACUUCAGAUAUCUGAUUGGACUGCACGUAAAUAUAGAGGAGUUGUACUAGAUUUUAAUCAAAAUGAUUUUCCAGUUUUGAACAUACUUCAAGAAGUAGUUGAUCUUAUAUCUUUAUUCAAAGGUAAUGAGUUGCAAAUAAAUGUUAACCACAUAAAACAGGAAUCAACUUGUGCAAAAAUUCCUUUAAGUGACUUUUUUAAGCUUCAACUAUUUUGUCAACAAAGAUUUGUAACUGUGUCGCCUUAUUUAUACAUUGAAGAUUUACCGCUAUUGUAUAAGUCAAACACAAUGGAUGUGCAUUAUUUGGAAUUUCUCCUUGAGCCUUUUAUUAAACUAAAAUGUGUUCACAUUAAUCUUGGAAGUUUGCAAAGUUUUAAAUUAGUAAAGGAUUUCCAUGAUUUUUGUAAUGAAAGAAACAUUUUUUUACACAUAACUACAGAAAUGAUUGACUUUCAAUUUGAUCAUAUACCUGUGAUGUUAAAUGGAGUUAGCUGUUCUAUUGAUAUUACUGCAGAAAAUAUGAAGCAAAUCAACAGUUUCAGAAUGCAACAUAGUUUUACAAUUAAUGAAGACUCAUUGAACAUGCUAUUUCCAAAUACUUUAUCAUUAUUACUGAAAACACAACAUUUGCUUAACAAGCACUCCUCUGAUCAUAUUGGAACUUUUGUAAAGUUUUCAGUAAAGAAUCAAAAAGUAUGCAGUUUGACUACAUGCCUUCCUCCUUUGCUGAUGAUUACAUCUCUCUCUUGGAACACUCCAACAUCUGACAUUAGUGAAGAAUACUUGUCCAGUGUUAUUGAUAACCUUAUAUAUGAUGACAAUGCUGAUGGUAUUGGUCAGUUAUAUAUGUUGAUAGGGAAGAAUUUUCCGAUAUUUAAGAACUUUGCAAAACCCAAAUCAUUAAUUGAUGAGUUUUUAGAGACAAAUGCUAUAAGUUGUAAUCAUUUUGAUGCUGAUAGUUUGCAGGUGGUUUGUAAAUCUAUUGUCAAAAUGAAGAACUAUAUUAAAAAUAUUAAACUGGGCUCUAGUCUUUCUAAUAUGGUUGUUGAAGAAACACUUAUUCUAUGUGAACUUAUUUAUUUUGUUUGCAGAGUUUUCUUUUGUAUACUAAAUGCUGCAUCUAAAAUUGACAUACCUGAUGUCACUAACCUUCCACUUACUCAACGAAGUGACACUGCAAACAAGUUGAUUUCGUUAAUGCAGAAUCAUGAAAGUUACGUUAAAAAGUAUUAUUUUUGUCCUCCUUCUGGUUUUACUAGCAUCCGUCUUUUAAAACAAUUACUUGAUAAACUUCUUUCAGCGGGUCUUGCUCCGUCAACUCCAACCAAUACGAUAAAUAUAUAGUUGUUUUUUUUAAUUUUUUAUUUAUUCACUUUUAUAAACAGUUUUUUUAAUCAAUGUAUUUAUAAUUUAUUUUUUUUUUUACUUUUCGGUUGGGUUUUUGCAUUUCUUUUGAACUUAGGACUUUUUUAUUUAUUUAUUGCAGAUUUUCAAACUGCUGACUUUUAGUAUUUACAGUUUUUGUUUUGAUCUAAGUAUUUUUGGUGUCAAGUUUUACUCGUUCAAAUGUUUUUGUUUAUAACCAGCUUUUCAAGUUAAAUGUUUUAUUUAUUUUCCACCGAAUAUAUAUAU